CCUUUCUCCGGCUCAUCACCCCACUGAAUUUGCUCAACUUCACAGACGUCUGCUAAGUCUGCUUUUUUUUUCGCUUGAGCUAUGCACUUCCCACCCAGCCCUCACAGCCCUGAGUCCAUCCCUCUUGUGGUCAGUCGGCACAGAGGGAGCUGCAGCCCUGCAGCUGGAAAAUACCCCCUGCUCCUGCACCAAGCCUGAAGCCAGCCCCUGCAGAGCUGCAGUCAGCUUUGUACAGCACUCUGUCCAGCAUUAAACAUUCAUGCUGCUUAUACAGCGAACAGAAAAACAUGGACUGUGACGGGCCCUCAUGAAAGCUUAACCACGGCGUGACAGUGGGAGAUGACAGCGAGCCCCAGGGGGUGUCAGGCAAAUGGGAUUCGGGUGCUGGCAUGGGUCUGGGGGGAGCUGCUCCCUGAGCAGUCCCAGCACCCACAUCCCUUGGCAUCACCUGGAGCACAGGUGGCAGCAGAUGGGUGACCAUGAGGCUGAGCGCACCAUGCCACAGACAGAGCUAGAGGAGAUCACCAGCAGAAUUUCAGAUCUAAACAAAUGGAGAGAAAUUUUUAGUUUCCAUGGCGAGGCCAGGGCAGCGAUGGCGAUGGCCCACCUGCAGCUGGGAAGCAUCACCCCCCCCUCCACCGUGCCCAAGCCCUUCCUGCUGUCUCCAGACACAGGUGGCCAGCCCAUCUCCUUGGAAAUGGCAACGGGGCUGAGAAAGCUGCUAUUUGGAAACCUGUUCCACCUCUUCAGCUGUGAAUGGGAAAAAGCGUACUUCAGGUUUCACGAGCCGUACUCUGACCUGGCCUAUGCUUUGGAAGCAGAGAAGUGGGGACCAAGAGCCAUUCUGAUGGCUGUACAAGCACACAUCAUCAAGUACCUGCUCUUUGUAAGAAACACGGAAUAUACUCAUCUGGAAAGGCUUUGCAGGAUAAACCGGCGGGAGCAAGGGGAGGCGCUGGCUGCAGCCCUGGCAGACACCCUGUGGGCAGCAGGAGAAGGUGGGAGAGCCGUGAUCUGCCUCGUCACUGCAGCCAUCCACGUAAUGCCAAGCAGAGGCUACAAAGCCGACAACUUCACAGAAAGAAUCCAGCUGUUUGAGUUCUCUGAGAAAGCAGCAGCUCAGGAGUUCAUUUUUGACCAUAUAAACUGUGUAAGUAUGGGGUAUCUGCUUUAUUCUGAGUUACCGUGUUGCUUGCUUAUGUCUUAUUUCCCAUUCGAAAGCGGACGCUUCAGGGCCAACAGCUGUGCCCAGCGCCGGGCUGUCCCCCUCUCCCAGGUGUGCCCCAGGCUGAGGACACCCCGGCUGCCCAUCUGGCUGUGCAGCGUCAGCGGGAGGUACAGCGUUCUCUUUGGCACCGACAGCCAGCUCCUCUCCGACUGGAAAAUGGAGAGAGUCUUCCACCUGUACUUCUACAGCGGGCAGCAGGAGCAGAGAAAAACAGCCCGUCUAACCAUAGACACUCAUUCACAUCACUGGGAAAAGGACCAAAGCGAAGACCCAAGCAGCCCAGGGAAGAGGCGUCCGUCCGUGGAGAUGGCAAUCAGGACCAAGUGGGCAGGCGCAACAGUCAACUGGAAUGGGACAGACCCCUUCUUUUGAGGAGUCAAAUGGGACAGAUCCCUCGUUCUGAGGAGUGCCAGCAUCUCCCACUUGCUGCCAAUUCCACCAAACACUGUGGUCUGGAGGAGACAAAAGGCUUUCACCAAUAAAACAGCCUUUGGUGCCCUGAGUGGAUACGCUGUUCAGCAAGGCAUUACACCUGCUGCAAAAGCCCAUGACAGUGAAGAACAGUCACAAGUGACACUGCCUCACGGCAUACACUUCCCAGGUGGUAGGAUGCAAGUUCUGCUUCCCACAGCAGCUGGCAGAAAAAGGAAAGAGGGUGGCAAUUUGCUUUCCUCAUGCGCCCAGGUGACCUCUGAAUUGAACAGAAAUUCCAGAAGGGGGGCAAUGACAAGUGCAGACCCCACAUUAGCUUGCUAACCAGCAGGGUCCUCACCCUGGCUGGGUGAAUCUCAGGUUGGUUACAACCACUUCUUUUUUAUUAUUUUUGUAAAAUUCAAACCGUUUAAACUUCUGGAUCACUUGCAGAAAGGUUAUUGUUCUCAGUACAGUUGUCACUAGCAACACACAUUUUGGUAUGAGUAAUAGGUCUUUUUUGGGUGACGUCUAUAAAAAAGAAGUGGAAAGUGAUUAACGUGAGCAAGGAGCGAUGCGCACUGCCCGCGCUCACCAGGCUGCUGGAGGGUGCCAGAACUUAGCCAUGCUCAGAGUCAGUAAAACCACUGAAUCAUAGAAUCAUUCAGGCUGGAAAAGACCUUCAAGAGCAGAGUCCAACCAUUAAACCAGCACAGCCAAGUCCACUGCUAAACUAUGUCCCUAAGGGCCACGUCUACAUAUGUUAAAUACCUCCAGGGAGCACCCAAAACCUGGGGGCACUGGCGAGAGGGCAGCCCCCAGCACCAGCCAUGGAGCUUCCCGCACAAGCCAGAGCCAGACGGUGCUGGCAGAUGACAGGCAGCCUGCCUGCAGGCAGCAGGGCACCCACCCCACCAGAACCCCCUACCAGACUGGGGAGGCCACAUUGCCUACCUAACAGCACCUGGGGCUGCCCGCAGGGGCUUCGCAUCAGAGCCAGGGUCAAAAGGGUGGAGAAGAGCCCACCCCAAGGCAGGGACCUUGCAACGAGACACUGCAAGACAGCACUGAUUUUAACUGGGGAAUGCCAGCAUGCGCUUAUGCAAAUAAUGAAUUAAUAAAGAAUAAAUGAAACUGUGCAAUAAAUGCUAACAAAGCUCAGUCACUGAGCACAACAUGGUAUAUUGUGAGGCUAGUAUGCCAUAUAUACUAAACGGGUUACUACACAGAUAAAAAGGUGUGAAGACCAGCCUUCCAGAGCUGUUUUCCACAGUGAGGAGGCAGCACCAGCCCUUCCCCUUGCUCUCAACAAGCCGGGGGCACGGUCAGCACACCCUGCCCUGCCUGCACUAGCUCUCACUGGUGCAGCAGAGAGGGGCCCCAGCACUGCUGAGCCAGUGCCAGCAUGUCACCCUGCCAUGACUGUGCUGGCAAGGCCAGCCACUGGUGCAGGCUGGGGAACAGGGUGUCAGCAGCAGGGUCCCCCAUCCCUUCGGCCGUACCAUCACCCCCAGACACCUGUCUCUCACCCCAGCCCCUGCUCAGGCACACCCCACUGCUCCCCAUCCUGCUCACAAAACUGGAUGAAGCAAACACCCAUCUGCUAAAGACAGAAAAAGGAAGAGAAACCAUGCUGUAUCAGACUGCAGGAACAGACACCCUCACCACCUCCCUCAGGCUUUCAUCCUUCUGCCCCCACGUCUUCAUGUCUUUUUAUAACCUUGCAGCACAGGACUAAAUUUAAACUGCUGAUUUCCCUCAAUGAGAAUCAAGUCCUUGCUCAUUUCUCUGAGGGGGCAUAUCACACUUAUGGGUGCUUCAAAAAUGAGAAGCAAUGAUGACACAAUCUGGCUAUUAGUCAAGCUUGUCUGAAAAAAACCCCACCGCUCCAGCACCUCAGAAAGCUCUGUCCUUGUGACAGGGGCAACAGCUACAGUUUUUCACUUCUAGUCUGCAAAUUUCUUUGCAGAAGA